AUGUCAGUUGCCGUGGAGGCUGCUGCGGCCAGAUUGCCUCUCCCGUCUCACUUGUCUCUCGCUGAACCGUCCUUCUCCAUCAAGAAACGGCGCUCUCCUUUCUCCUCCUCCACAUCUAACUCAAGCCACUCCUCACCGUCUAGGCUGUCGCGGUCUAUGCCCCCCCUACCGCCAUGUAAAGGAUGCCCCCCGUUAAGCAGGGUCUUUCCACAUCAGCCAUCUCCAUUCACACCAUUAUCACAAUCUCUGAAUAAAUCCCCCGCUCCCAGUUCUGUUUACAACCCUAAUAAACAGCAGACCUAUUUUAAUCAAUGCUUUACUAAUUUGGGGUUGCUUGGAAGAGGCUCCUUUGGGGAAGUUUUCAAGGUGCAAAGUAACCAAGAUGGCCACCGGUAUGCAGUCAAACGUUCAGCUCAUCGCUUCAGAGGCAACACUGACCGUGGCCGAAGUCUAAAAGAAGCGAGGAAUCACGAAAACCUGUGUCCACAUCCGCACAUCCUCAACUUCGUAGCAGCCUGGGAGGAGUGUGGUCGGCUUUACAUCCAGACAGAGCUGUGCAGCACCAGCUUGUUGCUCCAUGCUGAGAACCAGCCCCCUGGCCCAGAUGAAGCAGCAGCCUGGAACUACCUCUGUGACCUCCUGUCUGCACUGGAACACGUGCACUCUCUGGGAUUUGUGCACUUGGACCUGAAGCCGGCGAACGUCCUCAUCACCGAGUCUGGGCGUCUGAAGCUGGCCGACUUUGGACUCCUGUUUCAGUUCGAUCAGAAGGAUGGAGGAGAAACGUUUAAGGAAGAUAUUCAAGAAGGAGAUCCCAGAUACAUGGCUCCAGAGCUGCUCCGAGGGGUGUAUGGGCCGGCAGCAGAUGUUUUCAGUUUGGGUGUGACCAUUCUGGAGCUGGCCUGCAACAUCGAGGUUCCUAAUGGAGGAGACAGUUGGCAACAGCUCAGAAAAGGCUGCCUUCCCACAGAAUUUACCAACGGUCUUUCUCCUGAGUUUCAGAGAGUCCUGCAGACGAUGCUGGAACCUGACCCAUCCAAGCGACCCACAGUCUCAGAACUCCUCUCGCUCCCAUGUGUCAAAAAACAAAUAUGGAAAAGGCAAAUCUACCUCACAGUCACAGAGGCCAUUCUCGCACUUGCUUCCUUCUUUCAGAAGGCCACAUGCUUUGGCUGGAGAGUCCUAUUUUCUCUCCCAUGGUCAUUUGUUCCACAGUGGCCUCAGUCAGCUCCCUGCACUCCCCCAAAAAACAGCUGGGACAAAGACUUGACCCUCCCGCUCAGUGCCAUGAUGGCUGAGUCUGGAACACCUGAGGAGGGGGAGGAGUCUGUGUUUUUAGUGGAUCAAACCGACCUAGAUCUCUCCCCAACUUUCUCCCACAGGUUAAAGUCGAGAUUGUCUUUGGAGAGCACAUCGACUCCUAUCCACAACCAGCGAAACUCCACUCACACCCCCAACAGUUCUGUCGCGAGGGAAUGGCCGUCGUGCAGCUUACCCCUGACUCCGAGCAGUAUUAAUUCACACGACUCCCGCCACGUCCUGACACCAAACGGCAGUCCUUUCCACGCGUCUGCCCUCAGCCGCCAUUCCUCCGCCAGGUCCUCCGCCCGGUCCUCCAAACGAAGUGGCCGCGACUGGAUCCUGGCCGACGAACCUGCCCCGAGACCAAACUUUGAGCCCAAGAACUUGCUGAGUCUGUUUGAGGAGACGGCCUCAGAUCGAGGGGUGAUCAGACUUGUCGGCUCAUUCAUUCAUUUGUGGCAUUUGCAGCCCUUCAGGAUUUCUGGAGUUUUACGAUGGAACGUGCCAAGUGUGUGUUUGUUGGAGACAGUGGGGUUGGAAAGUCGUGUUUACUUUCCACUUAUCGUCCAAUGUCACAGGAUGUCUAAACUGCAGCAUCUGAAUGACCGUGUGGCCAAGCUGCUCACACAAGCGGUCUAUGAAGUUCUGGAGGCCGUGAAAGACACUGUAUCCGAGUAUCAAGAAAAAACUGCGAGAACCCAAAGGGAAAAUGAGAGCCUCAAGCGGAGACUGCAUGAGCUCAAGGAGGAGAUUGCACAAGAGAGAUUGGGACUGACAACAUCACACAGCAUCGACCUCCCACAAAACAAUAUAGAUAAGGUUGACAAUCUCAAUAAGAAAACCGAACGGUUGCCAGUUUCAAUAGACGCAAAGGAGGAAGUGCGCGAGGUGGAAGUGCGCGGUGUUGAAAUGAAGAUUGAUGAAAAGGUUAUAUGUUAUUAUGAAUCCAGUGACUCACCAGUGGACAAGGAAGGCUACCUGUACAAGAAGGGAGAAAUAAAGACCUCCUAUCAGAAGCGCUGGUUUGUCCUGAAGGGAAACCUCCUCUUCUACAAGGACAAGCCGCUGGACCGGGACCUGAUCGGGGUCAUAGUUCUGGAGGGCUGCACGGUCCAGCUGUGUGAGUCCGACGAGCAGUUUGCCUUCUCUCUGCUGUGGAGUGAACCAGGACUGAGGACCUACAAGCUCGCGGCUGAGGACCAGGAGAGUCUGGAGGACUGGAUCAAGGCCCUGCUCUCGGCCAAUCACUGCUACCUGGCCAUUGUGCUCAGCGACAUGGAGAGAGCCUACAGAGAAGCCCUCGGAGCAGCCUCCAGUGAGACCAAGUCCAACCCUUUCAUUAUGCCACAGUUCCCUGUAGCAGCCAGACAGACUCUGCCCCUGAGCACCUCCACCUUGCACCGACCAGCACCGUCAGCACCAGGACAAAGCUCUGGGUCAAUGCUUCAACCGUCUGCAGUCGCUCCAACCAAAGCCACGCUCAGGAAAUCACCCAAACUGCGACCCAAGAAAGCGGCCAACACUCUGAGCACGCAGGCGACCGCCACCUUCUUUGCAGACCUGGCUGGACUCACGCUCGAGUCACAGGAGGACUUUAGAAAAAUGCACGAGGAAUUUGGAAAGGAAAUCAAAAAGCUCAUUUCACUCUGGGCUAAGAGAAGGCCUGAUGGUCAGGAGGACUUGAUAGACUUUGACUGA